AUGGACGAUCUUGAAGACGCCAUCCAGGUGUCUCGCCAGACAGUGGCGGCCACUCCUGAUAAUUAUGCUGAUCUUGCAAUGUUGUUCAAUGACCUCGGAAAUAAGCUGCAAAGUCGAUACGAACGAACUGGACAGAUGAACGACCUCGAAGAGGCCAUCCAGUUCUCUCGCCAGGCGGCUGCGGCCACUCCUGAUGAUCAUCCUAACCUUGCGGGGCAAUUGAAUAACCUCGGAAACAAGUUCGGCUGUCGAUACGAACGAACAGGACACAUUGGCGACCUAGAAGAGGCAAUCCGGCUCUCUCGCCAGGCGGUUGCGGCCACUCCUGAUGGACAUCCCAACCUUGCGGGGCGAUUAAAUAGCCUCGGAAUCAACCUGAAUAGUCGAUACGAACGA